AUGCCAGCUCCCUUAGUCAAGGUCCUGCAUCGAAUGCAAGAACUCUUCACCAACAUUGUUGCAGCCCUGGAGGCAAUGCUUCUAUUCCCAUCUCUCUUCCGCGACUCCUCCCGCAAGCGGCGGAAAGCUUUUCAGAGAGCUUAUUGGGGACGUCGGACGCUGGAUGACUUUGCGAGUGAGAUCGAUCGUCUGCUCACGGCACCUUUGUCUGUGCAAAACAUGAUCACAAUGUCAGACAAGAUUCGUGCGCAGUUCAAGUCCUGUCUUCAAGUCAGCCCGGUAUGCAUGUUGCCAUCCUAUAACCAUGCUCUACCUUCAGGGGCAGAGAAGGGAACGUACUUGGCGCUGGAUGUUGGAGGCUCCACACUUCGUGUAGCCUUGGUAGAACUGCGUGGUCAGGGGGUUAUGCGUAUCCUUCAUGUGUCUUCCUCGUCAAUUGAUAAUGAUGUCAAGUUGCUGGAAGGAACGCUGUUCUUCGACUGGAUGGCAACAAAGAUCGAUGCCAUGUUACAAGAAGUACGCUCAAAUUAUGGCCGGGGCGAUACCCCACUUUCCAUGGGCUUGUCCUGGUCGUUUCCGAUUGAGCAAACAUCCAUAAGCAGCGGAUUGGUAAUACAUAUGGGCAAGGGGUUUCAUUGUUCUAAUGGCACGGUUGGCCAGGAGCUCGGCAAUUUAAUUGUCCAAUCCUGCAGAGCGCGUGGCCUGAACAUCGAAGUGGAUGCUAUCGUGAAUGACAGCUCCGCAACCCUGCUGUCUCAUGCCUAUCUGGAUCCGGCGACUCGCAUGUCCCUCAUUUUAGGGACCGGAACAAAUGUGGCUAUUCAUUUCCCUGUGCACCAGAUCGGAUUGACCAAGUUCGGCACCAGACCUCCAGGUUGGUUCAAUUAUGCAAAACACGUUAUCAUCAACAGCGAGAUGAGUAUGUUUGGUGGCGGAAUAUUACCUAUGUCCCGGUGGGACGAGGUUCUGAACAGCACUCAUCUUCGACCUGACUAUCAGCCUCUGGAGUAUAUGAUCACUGGCCGCUACCUGGGCGAAAUCAUUCGGCUUAUUAUCGUCGAGGCAGUGGACACAGCACAGCUGUUUGGCGGCAAUCUUCCUCACUCAAUGCGCGACGCUUACUCUUUUGACACUAGUAUCAUGGCUUACAUCGAAGCUGAUACAUCGCCCAGCUUAACCUCUUCGACAAACAUCUUGCAGAAGGAACAUACGUUUACCACACCUCCGUCGUUGGAGGACAUGCGAUUUCUCCAGCGCAUCUGCCAGAUCGUCUCGAACCGAGCCGCAGGAUAUCUUGCGACAGCAAUUCAUAGCAUGUGGUGCUUGCGCAAUGAGGCAGAGUAUCCGGAACUCACAGUUCCCGCCACCGCAUCCCUCAAAGAGACGCAAGAGGUGACUGUGGUUGAGAGUGAAUGUAGCCCCCUAAGCUUGUCGAUCGCCUGCGAUGGUAGUGUCAUCAACAAGUAUCCUGGGUUCAGAGAUCGUUGUCAACUUUAUCUGAACGAGCUUGUCAAGGAGAUCCACACUUUGCAACUGCCUUCCAUGUCGUUGGCAGAACCUUACAUCCGCCUUGAUCCUGCUCCAGAUAGUGCUAUUGCUGGAGCUGCAGUCGCUGUAGCCGUGGCUGUUGCAGAUAAAAAACCAGAGUAG